GCCGCCGGGGCCGCCCGCAGCUUCUCCGGAAAGCAACCUUAAGGAUUGUCUGAUCAACGUUCGCGCCGUCCUUACGCCAUAGCAAGGAGCCUGGACUCAAAGCAAGACCUGCCUGGUUUGUACGACGCCAAAUGCGAGAAAGGCAGACUCGGCUCAGAAGAGUUUACAGUCGACGUCUCUGGCGGUAACCCAGCAGCUCAACACCAGUUCCUAAAUGGCCUCAGGUAUGGAUGGGAAGAAAUGCAGCGUGUGGAUGUUUUUACCUCUUGUGUUUACCCUGUUUACAUCAGCUGGAUUAUGGAUAGUGUACUUUAUAGCAGUGGAAGAUAACAAAAUUCUCCCACUAAAUGUACCAGAUAGGAAACCUGGUUCCAAAAGACCACCUUAUAUAAGUAUCGCAGGUGACGCACCUCCCGCAAGCUGCGUGUUUAGCCAAGUCAUGAACAUGGCGGCAUUUCUAGCGCUUGUCGUGGCUGUCCUGCGCUUCAUUCAGCUGAAGCCGAAGGUGCUAAACCCUUGGCUGAACGUCAGCGGCCUGGUGGCAUUAUGCUUGGCCUCUUUUGGGAUGACCCUACUCGGCAACUUUCAGCUUUCCAACGACGAGGAGAUCCACAAUGUGGGCACGUCGCUGACCUUUGGCUUUGGGACCUUGGCGUGCUGGAUCCAGUCUGCCCUCACCCUCAAAAUCAACCUGAAGAACGAGGGACGGAAAGUCGGGAUCCCACGAGUAGCCCUGUCGGCCAGCAUCACCCUCUGCGUGGUGCUCUAUUUUAUCCUCAUGGCUCAGGGCAUCCACAUGCAUGCUUCCAGGAUCCAGUGGGGCCUGGUGAUGUGCUUCCUGUGCUACUUCGGCACCUUUGCAGUGGAGUUUAGGCACUACAGAUUUGAGAUCGUUUGCUCUGAGUACCAGGAAAACUUUCUGAGCUUUUCCGAAAGCUUAUCGGAAGCCUCCGAGUACCAGACAGACCAGGUGUAGCCUGUCCUCUGGCAGGGGGGGAGGGGGGCAGGUGUGGUCUCACGGGUUAAACAUGGCCUCAUUUACACUUUUUUGAUGGGUUUGUUUUCAUGUGCAAUCGUGAUCCUAUUGCCAAAGGGCUCUGAGGGUGGCCGUCGCAUUAAGAGCCAAACAAAAAUGGUUGUCCGCUGGAAGAGGAGUGGAUGCUUCUCAGCGGCAGCAUGAGAGAGCACAAGCCGUUUAGUUUGUGCUCCCAGUGUCUCUUUCUGAGUGGCUCUGUCCCGCUCCUGUUCUUCAAAACAUUCAAGAGCCAGUCCCCGCGAUGCCCCUCCGAGACAGGCGCUCCUCAGCCUGUCCUGCAGAGGAAGGAACGGACUUCUCUGGGCAUCAGGAGUCUUCGGGAGUCGCCGGAUCCUGAGUCACCAGGCUGCAUCUUCCGUGUGUUUCGCGUGUUGUUUUCUUUGCUGCUAACCGGUGUAACUUGGUAGGGUGAAAAAGAGCGGCUGUUUCUUCUGGACUUGGAAUCGGGCAGUGGAAGACCCCAACUGACCGGCUUUUAUGGCGAGCAGGCAGGCAUUUCUUCCAGCCUGGAAAGCAGCCGAUGGUAAAGCCGGGUUUGGGAGAAACUGCGCUGUGAUCGGGAAGCGAGACUUGGCCGAUGCUGCCUUGGAGCUGGGCAGACCAUCCCCAGGCCGGAGGAGACGGCACCGUGGGCUGCUGUGCUUGGCUUCGGGCUUCAGCCUCACCGGUGGGGAGUGGUGGAAGCGAGGUGCUGAAUUAAGAUGGGAAUGCCUGUGCGCUCUGAGGACGACCCAGAGAAGGCUGCUCUUUGUAAGUGUGUAGUGCUUCCACCACAUCCCGUGUGUCAUAUUCCAAAAGCUUUUUUUUUUUGUUCACUGAUCGGGGAAAACAUUGUGUUAGAGACACUGGGCUCACCCGCAAUGAGAACAGAACCAUCGCGGGUGGUUCUGGGCAUCGGGUUUGGUUUUGCUCCUUGUGCGCUUAGAAGUCGAACUUCCGGCACGCUGACGCCGGGCCUGGGCUCGGGACCCCUCAGCGGGGCCAGAUGUCCCGAGUGGAGUCUGCCACAGGUUUAAGUGGGCUUCCCGGGUGCGGGAAGGCAGUUCUGCCCCGGAGAUGGGGUGACGUGGCCCGAGGGCUGGAGGGGCAGGAAGGGAACAGCAACACCAGAAGGGCUUCUCCCUCCCUGAAGGGAGGUUUUCCAACAGAAGGUCUCUUCAAAGAAAAAGCAGGAGCUCAAAGACCCUGUUGGAAAAGCUGAUUUUGGGAAGGCUGCUGUGUUGGCUGGGCAGGGGAGCGGUGGGAAUUGCUUCUCAUGAACAUGGCUCCUGUUUUCCUCCACGAGUCAGGCUCAGCUUAGGUUUGCAUCUUGUCUGAGCCGCAGGAAAACAAGCAGAAAUUAAAACGGUGGCAAAAGGCAUUUGAAGGGGAACUUGUACCGCGCUGUGGCAUUUCUGAGCGAGAGGGAAAAGGCACGAGGGCAUUCAGUCUUCCGCAAAGGUCAGAGGCCUCUCCUGAAAGGAGAAACAGUUGAGAAAAACUUCCAGCAAAACUAGUGGAAGUAGAAAGCUUUCAGCCAGCCCUUUCCUUUAUCUUCUGUGGUCCAAAAUCUGUUCUCAGGCAGCUGUGUUAUAAAUCCAGCGCAUCCCCAGCCAACGCAGGGCUGUGGCUGGACUGCUGAAGGCCGUCUCCUUGUAGCCCUGUGCUUAGUGGGAAGCUCUCCUGGGGGGACGUGCUGCGGGUGGCCCAAGGGCGCAGCAGCGUAAGGCGCAGCCCACCCGGGACCCCCUCCUGGGCGAGGGCAGGAGGCGACAGCCUGGAGGAGCUGCAGGUGGGGAUCCUCGUACCCGGGCACGCACACUCGAUGCAUAGGGAGCACAAAACAGUGAUUUGUUUUAAGUGUUUUACUGUAAAUAGUCCACCGUGACUUUUUUUUUUAAAUUAAUUAAUACUUUCAGUUUAUCAUUUUAUAUUUCGUAAUUUGCUCAAAGGAAAAAAAAAUGAUUGUGGU